UGCAAUGCCUUUUUGCUCAUUCAAGUGUAUAAUACAAGUUAGAUCGAUGCAAUUGUAAUGGUGAGUAAAUUAAGCUCUAAAAUAGAAAAAAUAUCUUUGUCAAUUAGGUAAAUCAGACCUGGUAAUAUUCUGCUUUCUGCCAGUGCCGUCGUGGGGGCGCUAUGACCAGAGUCAAGUCUCCUCCCUCACGAUCGGGUAGGAUCGGGUGGAUGAGUUGGUAGAUGGCGUCACUGGAGCUCCAUGGAUGUGUCACUCGAUGGUCCAAUUUCUCAUAGCCAAAUAUUUGUCUAAUUUCAUGCGCAAUUGCUAAGCAAGGAGUAUGACCAGCAACGACUGCAACUGGAAGUAAAUUAACCGCUGUAUAGUAGGACGAUCCACUUGGGGGUUUAUUUCAUUGUGAUCCUCUUGCGUUAAGAUGUUCUCCUUAACGGGCAACAUGUCCCUGGUUGCAUUGGUAUUAGCAGUGCUCACCAUCGUCCUCGCUACUACCCCGGUGGGGGCCAAUGAGGAUUGCCUAUGGUACGUGGACAAGAACGGCACCUGGCACAACGGCUUUGACUGCCCCCUGAUCACCUUCUGCUGUGGGAACUGCAACCGGCGCUACUGCUGCCUGGAUGCCUUCAAGAUGAUCACGGAGAGGGAGCAGAAACGCUGCAUGCUCUUCCAGUUCAGCCCCAACACCAUAUUUGGGAUCGCCUCGUCCAUCCUGCUGUUUGUAGCCAUCAUCGCCACCAUGGUGUGCUGCUUCAUGUGCUCCUGCUGCUACCUCUACCAGCGCCGGCAGCAGAGAGGUCGGACGCCGUACGACGCCCAGCACAUUCCCAUGGCCAGCUAUCCCGCCGAGCGCAUGUAUGACGCAUAUGGAAAGCCGCUGGGACCCUCCGACUACCCCCAUCCGGGUUACGCAGCUGCACCCCAGUACCCCGGCAUGCCCCCGCAGUACCCCAUGAUGCAGCCAGGCCCCUACCCCCCGUACCCCAUGAUGGACCCCACAUACGGUCAGGCUCCUCCACCUUACUCUCCACCACAGUACCCUGGUCAUGUAUAA